GAGAGUGCUGCAGCGGCCGCAGCAGCAGCUCGGUGUUUGUUAUCGCCGAGGGCCCUUCGUGCGGGGACCACACGCGCUAAAUGGUGUUAAAUGAUGCAUUUAGAGCAGUGUAAUGGGUACGUUUAAAAGUCACAAAGGUGUAGACAAAUGAAAAAAAAAACGAGGGUGUGGAAAUAGACUAUGGUGUUUGAGUUUUUUCUCCCGAGUUUCCAAGACAACUGUCUCAUCAUCCAGGUCUCUUAUCUGGCAGGUCAACCAAUGUUUGCGCCCAUACAUAUCGAUUUAUCAGCUGCAGUGUGCAGACGGGAGGUAUAACCAUAUAAAUUGUCGAUGCUUCAUUGUUUGAGGACAAUCCUACAUGAGAAAACAUGUUUCUUUCGUGCGCUCUAGACUUAAAAGGAGCUGUUGAACCUUUUUUUUCUGUGUGUACAGGCAGGGUCUUGGCUCUCACAGAUUCACCUGUUCACCUGUCGAUGCUAUAGGGGACAAACACGGGUGGGUGCCAGGUAAAAGUCACGGUAUUUACAGAGUGGCAUUGAUUUACGCGCUGACGGCCGUUCUGUUCAAUUUACUGAAAAAUCCCACAAGCUGCAAGAUAUCCUGGAAACUGAGGGCUACGGGUCUGCCGUUUUGAGCAAACAGUGAAACCAAUGGCUUUGGCGCUGCAGGGUCACAUGGUGGCAGAGUGACACACCUGUGUGGAGCCGUGAGGGGCCUCGCAGUUGCGCCAGAGACCGGUAGAGCAGAACGUCCACGCCAAGGCAGGGCGCAGGUACGGUACAUGUGCGGGUCCACGGAAGCCAUGAAUCGGGAAGAUCAUUAUUAUCCAUCUCAGGUUUUUAAAGACUCCUGUGCCUACCAGAGAUCACAGGGGGAGGACUACAGCCACAGCCCGCCGCCCUGCCUCUACAUGAGCAGGCAGGUGCACUCUGUCUACACACCGCCGGCCAUGGGAGUCUUGGAGCAAGCCAGCCUUCCUGACAUUGCCCCCUCUUACAGUCUACCCAUGCGGGAGGAUCCAGGUGUGCCUCAGCUCCACCAUCCUCAGGGGCUCCAGCAGCAGUCUCUCACGCCUGCUACAGCCUACGGAGACACGGGGGAUCAGAGAUAUCACCUCCCUUUCCCCUGGAUGAAAACCACAAAAUCUCACUCGCACACCUGGAAGGGACAGUGGGCAGGACCAUACGUAAUGGCGGAGAGUGAGGAAAACAAACGCACGAGGACGGCCUACACGCGCGCCCAACUGCUGGAGCUCGAGAAGGAGUUUCUGUUCAAUCGCUACAUCUCGAGGCCGCGCCGCGUGGAGCUGGCCCUGACCCUGAGCCUCACCGAGCGCCACAUCAAGAUCUGGUUCCAGAACCGGCGCAUGAAGUGGAAGAAGGAGGAGGACCGCCGGAGGGCGAGGGGGGGCGACCCGGACCAGGACUCCUCCAUCACCUCUGGAGACCAGGGGGAGGCCGCGGGAGGGGUCUCCUCUACGAACGGACCUCACACCACCUCACCCUCUGUUUCCCCGCAGCACGGCCACUCCCUCUCCGUCCCUGGGUCCAGAGAGCCCGCAUAGACCUGCAGGAGGGACUUACAUUCACACUGCAGGGAUCUUUUUCAAAUAGGCUAUUUAAGGCAGCCCACCUGAGAGGAUUUAUAUUUUAGGAAUCAUAUAAGAUGCAGAAUUAGGGCGAAAAUGGAGGGAGGGAAACCAACAAAUCUCCCUUAUAGUUAAGGCAUUUAAAUCUGGUGUUUAUUUCCCAAGGACCCCCUUGAACUCUCUCUCUCUCUCAAGGACCACCUAUGCCUCCUUAUUGGAUAUCACUGCCUAUCGUUUACUGGACUGAAGGGACAUUUUUUUUUCAUCCCACUUCACCCUGGUUGCUUUGAGGGCUUUUGGGCACCAGAUGGCAUGCUGAGACAACCAAACCAUGCAAAGCCCCUUCAGAGGCACUGUUUCAUGGCCUUAUUAAGUUUUACAGUGCAUUAUUUUCACCUCAGACAUGUGAGUAGCAUACAAGCAUGUUUAUGAAUGUAUAUAUGCGUUAUGACUGUAUUUGCCAUAUUAUCAGUGUCCACGUGUAAAUAAGGCUACGCCAUGUAAAGUGUUCAAUUAGAAUCAACGAUACACAUAUUUUAUUGUUUGAAUCAUUAAUUGUACAGUACGGUGGAUGAAUGACACAUAAUAAAGUUGGAAUAAAGCAAA